CGGGGCGGGCUGUCGCGCUGUGCAAGUUGGGCAGCUGGAGGGGACGCGCUGAGCCGCCGGGACGGGACGGGCUGAGCCCGCGGAGUUACAGUGUGGAGCCGGGGAAGCCGCGCGGAGCGGGACUCCAGGCGAGGGGACCCGAAGGAGCUAAUCCAGGGCGAGGCGAGGGGGGACUAGCGCGUGCGGCAGAGGAGCGGCUUUCUCUGCGGGAACAGCUCGUGCAGCAGAGCCGGCCGGGGGAGCCCUGGAUGCGGGCGGAGUGAGCUCUGCUGCCGGGGGGACUCCAGCCCCAGGGGAUGGGAGCGUGAAACGGGCUAGAGACCAGGGCAGCGGCCGGCGGGAUUUACAGCACCGGGAGGAUUAGCGGCUCCCCGGCCCCGGCGCCCCCGGGCGAGGGGGAAGAUGGCUCGGCCGGAGGGGCGUCCCAGUCUCUGCAAGUGGCUCCUGGGCGUCCUGCUCGCCAUGUGCCGCCUCGCAGCACCGCUAGCCAAGAACCUGGAGCCGGUGUCCUGGAGCUCGGCCAACCCCAAAUUCAUGGCUGGUAAAGGGCUGGUCAUCUACCCGGAGAUUGGGGACAAACUGGACAUUAUCUGUCCCAAGGCAGAACACUCCAGACCUUAUGAAUACUACAAGCUGUACCUGGUAAAGCAGGAGCAGGCAGACUCCUGCAGCACUGUCAUGGAUCCUAAUGUUCUAGUGACUUGCAACCGCCCUGAGAAGGAGAUCCGCUUCACCAUCAAGUUCCAGGAAUUCAGCCCCAACUACAUGGGCCUGGAGUUCAAGAGGCAGCAGGACUACUUCAUCACAUCCACUUCCAAUGGGACUCUGGAUGGCCUGGAGAACAGAGAAGGUGGCGUCUGCCAGACACGCUCUAUGAAGAUUGUCAUGAAAGUGGGGCAGGAUCCAAAUGCCGUGAUCCCAGAGCACCUGACAACCAGUCGGCCUAGCAAAGAAUCUGACAAUACAGUGAAAAUUGCCACGCAGAGUCCACGCAACAAGGUCACUGAGGUGGAGGAUCCUGGGAAGCCAGGUCUCGUUAACCAAGGUGAUCAGAACACCCAAGGUAGCGGUGAUGGAUUGUUCAACUCUAAGGUGGCAGUAUUUGCUGCAAUUGGUGCUGGCUGUGUAAUCUUCAUCCUCAUCAUCAUUUUCCUUGUUGUCCUCCUGAUCAAGAUCCGCAAGCGGCACCGGAAGCACACUCAGCAGCGGGCAGCAGCCUUGUCACUUAGCACCUUGGCCAGUCCCAAAUGCAGCGGUAAUGCAGGUUCAGAACCCAGUGAUAUCAUCAUCCCUUUACGGACUACAGAAAAUAACUACUGCCCUCACUAUGAGAAGGUGAGCGGGGACUAUGGGCACCCCGUCUACAUUGUCCAGGAGAUGCCCCCUCAGAGUCCUGCCAACAUCUACUACAAGGUCUGAGGAGCAGCCUCAGCAGCCUACCAAUACAAGAGCACUAGAGAGCUGAGGGCCCUGGGGGCAGCUGCUGGCUCUCCCCACUAGUGUGCUCGCUCUGUGAGGGAGAAAGUGAAAUGAACCCCAUGGCAAGACCAGGGGAGCACAAGGGUCUCGCACCAGAUAGUGGAUCGCUCGCACGCUCUCGCUCUGUUCUCCCCUUUGUAUUUAGUUUUGUAGUUCUCAGCUUUUGUAAUCCCAAGACUUGAGGGUGGGCCUUCAGCAUCCUCCUCCUGCUUCAGACUGCAUCCUGGCUCUAGACGCAUCUAGCAGUGAUGUAGCCCUAGCUGCGUGCAGCAGCCGUUGUGUGUGGGCGCUGUGCCUUUCCUCACACCUGUCCCUGGUAAUACCAGAAAACUCUGUACCUCUUGUUCUGGGGAGGACUCGUUCAGCUUUUCCAUCUAUAGUAUGUUAAGUAUUCUUGUGUUGGGGCUGUGCCAGUUGUCGCUUUGGUCUAGGAUUGUCCUAGAAAUUGGAUUAACUUGUGAGCCCCAGAGAAGAACCUCCACUCACCUGAGGAAUGAGCAGCUUGCGGCAGCACUUUGCGUCGGCGUGCCAAGGACGUAGACCCUGUGCAGGGAGGAGGCUGACACACCCAACUUAUUAUUAUUAUUAUUAUUAUUAUUAUUUUUUAACUUUUGUAACGUUUUUAUUUUUGUGAAAUAUUGGUGGGGCUCUGAGCCACCACCUGCAGCCUUCUGGCAUGCUCCCUCUGCCAUGCCAAUCCGCUGGCCAUGCUCGGCCGGGACAUAAAGUCACCUUCUGUUGUCUUUGCCAUUUUAAUCUUUUGUGUUCAGUUUGUAGCAGUUGAUUCUGGUUGGUCUGCUUAAAGGAGGAGAGGGGAGGAAAAAUAGACCUGAAAUGAUCAGUGCAUGAGUGAAUCCAGGGCUUUCCCCCACUCCAUGCAGAGCCAGCAGCCUCAACCCCUUCCAGACAGUAACCUUGGUGGGGACUCCUCCAAGGUGUGUCCUCCUCAUAGCGUGUCCGUCACCUGAUCUCUUUUCCUAGGACAGAGGCUGAGCUAGUUCUCUAACACCAGGGAGAGGACAGUAGGACAGCAUUCACUGCCAGCCUCAGACGGGCUGGGUGUGGGACUGGGCUGGGAGAAAAGGGUGGGAGCAUUCAGUAACUUAGCCACAGGGCUCAUUCUUAGCUCUGUCAUUUCCUCUUUGGGUUUGGGCCACAGUGCUUCCAUUUUUGGAAAGAAAACUGGCUUUGAAUUGUGCCUGGUCUGAAGCUUAUACAUGACAUGUUCUCAGGAGGCUAGAGCAAGUGUUAGGAGAGCAGAAGAAGAUGGCUAAGAGGAAGAAAAAGCAAACUGCAUCAGUAUGGGCGGGGGGAGAAUUCAGUGGCCACAUCAGAUAAGCUGUUCUGGCACUGGCUGAGCUGGGGAAGUCGGGAAUUCUGAGUAAGCUCAAAAGCCAUCUAGGUUUCCAUGUGACUCUGGCAGCCUCACCCCUUCCACAGAGCACAGCUGGGCAUUUUCUCCCACUGACAUGCUCGUUUUUUGAGCCCUAUGUAUUUGAUCUCUUUUCCAGGAAUGAGGCUUGUUUUAACCAUCGUGCUGACAUCCUGGCUGGUCGUGUUUUGAGCAGGCCCGUGGCAUGCAAAGGCAGAGACUUGCUGUGGCACAUUCUGCACCAAGCCUCAUAGCUGAAUUAGCUCACUUCCUUUCCCUUCCAUUUCUGAAAAGCAAAGUUUUGGUUUAUCCUCUUGCAUUCUGGGAGCUGGCUUAUUUCCACCCCUUGCUGAGUCAUUCCAGAGUCUUUUUCUGUGGGAGGGGUAUCCUAACCCUGUAAAAGUAGCCCUGAAUCAUCACUAUUGAGACUUCUACCUAUUAACAUUGGAAUCAGCUGUCUGUUCCAUGCUACUGCUGCAGGAAUCUUGUGCAGAGAGUGGGGAAAGGAGGGAGCAAUAAAUUUUGUGAUUUGGCUGGCCUCUAAGAGCAAAGCCAGUGAUUCAGCACUAAACGCAAGGCUUAGCUCCUUUAUGACAUCAGCAAAUCCUAUUGGUUGCUGUUGUCAUGACAUGGUGUAGACGGAGCGUGGUCCUGCCUUGAGGGCAGGGGGCUGGACUCGAUGACCUCUUGAGGUCCCUUCCAGUCCUAUUAUUCUAUGAUUCUAUGAGUUCUAGUCAAAGACCCUGCUCCAUCUUCUGAGUUACCAGGUAACAGAUCCCCCUGUGUGACUCCCUCCCAUGCAUGCAUGUGUCCCACCUCGCUGGGCAGGAAUGGCUGUGCUCUGUAGCAAAGAGCCCAGACCUAGUUGUAACAUGAACUGAGCAGCAGUGUUUGGGGUCAUGAAUGGGACCUUGGAGCGUCCUUCCAUGCUGACCUUGUUGUAUCCAAGUG